AUGAUCACGAAUCCAAUGAAACGCAUGAGAAAAAUCGUUAGUAAAAAAAAACGACGUUAUCAACAAGACGGAUUCGAUCUCGAUUUAGCCUAUAUUCGUCCCAAUAUGAUUGCAAUGGGUUAUCCAGCUGAUAAUUAUGAAGGUGUCUAUAGAAAUAAUAUUGCUGAUGUUAGUCGAUUUUUAUCAUCAAAACAUGGAGAUAAAUAUUAUAUUUAUAAUUUAUGUGUGGAAAGCGAACGACAAUACGAUGGUGCACGAUUCCAUAAUCAUGUUUGUUCAGAUUUCAGUUUCGAAGAUCACAAUCCUCCAACGAUUAAAAUGAUACUAGCUUUUUGUCAGCAUGUUUCAGCGCAAUUAAAAGACAUGGCUGAUCGAACGAUUGUCAUACAUUGCAAAGCGGGCAAGGGUCGAACGGGCGUGAUGACGUGUUGUUUUCUAUUGUAUUAUUACCAACAAGAGUAUAAUGAUCCAUUGCAAACGUUAAGAUUUUACGCUCAACAAAGAACAUCGAAUGAAAAAGGUGUUACUAUACCUAGUCAACGUCGUUAUGUUGAAUACUUUGGCCAUUUAUUAAAUAGUCAAGUGACUUACACGCCGAAACAAAUCCUCUUCACCGGUUUGCUAAUAACAUAUGAUCUCAAUCAAAUGAAUCAUACAAGUCUUUCCUAUACAGUACGAUUAGUAUCACCUGAUCGUCGUAUUCAAUACAAGUCGUUCGAAGUAUCCCUUGAACGCGAUUUGACCAUACGUCGAGAUUUACCAGCAGAUUAUUCUGUGUUGGAAGCCACACACAAACAUUUUAUACCUCCAUCGAAUUCUGAAUGUCGAAUUUUAUUAGAAGAAGAUGUCCUAAUUGAAAUUUAUCUAACCAAAACACGACGAGGAAAACCUGAAAAAUUAUGUCACUUUUGGUUCAAUACUUUCUUCCUUGUCGACUCGAAACUACGAACAAUUCUAAGCGACAAUAGCGACAAACAACCGGAAAGUAAUCUGGGAAUACUUAAAUCAUGUUUAAUACCAAAUUAUGGUCACACACAUUUAUAUACAAUGAUCAAGAAAGAUAUUGAUGGUCUACAUAAAGAUAAAUUACAUCGUUUAGCACCGCCAUCAUUUUCCAGUCCACAUCGGGGAUUCUUCUAUUACAAGACACAUUUGACAUCAUAUGUAUCUGUUCUAUUCGAUUAUCUACCAUCGUCAUCUUCCUUUUCAUCGUCGACCGUUCAACCGGAUCCAAGUUGUCCUCUAUCGGAGAAAUUACCUCAUGUCGAUUUGAAAUUAAUCGAAUCGAACAGCAAUUCAUCACUGAUUAUCGGCCCAUCGGAUAAGCUGAUUGAUCAAGAUGAAUUGAAACCAAAUAAUUCAAUGAAUGAAAAAAUAACGAAAAUGAAUGGAAGUCGUCGGACGGAAAGAUCUGCAUCAACGAAUCGUCGUUCAUUUGCUUUAUAUUCCAAUGGUAUGUCCGAUUGGGAUAGUACAGAUUCAGAAUCAGGACCAAAUGAAAGCAAUCCUAAUGAUGAACCUGAUGUGUCAUGA